UUAUUACGCAAUCGGCAAUUAUUGAAUUACAUAAUUAUAUAAUUUAUGGUUUCAGUUUUUACUAAAGUUAACGAAUAUUUUUCAUCGGAAAACCAAAGAUCAAUGUAAUAAGAUAUAUUAUUUUAUUUUAUUGAAAUGUUCUUCAUUCGGUCUUUAUCUUCACAAAUUUUUCAAAAAAAUCGAAAUGUUUGUAAGACAUUUGCAAACAACAAUAAACGAUUUUUAAGAAAAAUUAGUUUAUGUGGACAGUAUGAUUUUGAUCUUUUAGUGAUAGGUGGAGGAUCUGGUGGUUUAGCUUGUGCUAAAGAAGCUUCAAGUUUUGGAAAACAAGUUGUAGUCUUAGAUUUUGUUAUUCCAUCAGAAAAAGGUACCACUUGGGGAAUAGGUGGUACUUGUGUUAAUGUAGGUUGUAUACCUAAAAAAUUAAUGCAUCAAGCCUCAUUGUUAGGCGAAUCAAUUCAAGAAGCUCGAAGCUACGGAUGGAACAUACCUGAUCCAAUUUCAUUCAAUUGGGAAUCUUUAGUAGAAGCAGUGCAAAAUCAUAUUAAGUCAGUGAACUGGGUCACACGUGUUCAAUUAAGAGACAAAAAAAUUGAGUAUGUUAAUGGACAUGGUGUGUUUGAAGAUGCUCAUACGGUUAUAGCAAAGAUGAAAAAUGGAAAAGAACGACGAAUAACAGCAAAGGAUAUUGUAAUAGCUGUUGGUGGACGUCCACGCUACCCUGAUUUUCCAGGGUGUAAAGAAUAUUGUAUCACUAGUGAUGACCUUUUUUCAAUGCCUACACCACCAGGAAAUACUCUAGUUAUUGGUGCCGGAUAUAUUGGGUUAGAAUGUGCUGGAUUUCUAAAAGGUUUGGGAUAUGAAGCAACUGUUAUGGUUCGAUCUAUGCUUCUCAGAGGUUUUGACAGGGGUAUGGUGAAUUUAGUUCAAGCUGAAAUGGAAGAUAAAGGUGUAAAAUUUCUUAUUGGAAAAAUACCUGUCAAAGUAUCGAAGCAGCCAAAUGGGAAGUUAUUAGUAGAAUGGAAAGGUGGAGAUGAAAUUGGACAAGGAGAAUUUGAUACAGUUCUUGUAGCUACAGGACGUAAAGCUUUAUCUGAAGAAUUAAAUCCAUCUGCUGCUGGAUUACAAAUUCAUCCUGAGUCUUUCAAAAUUGUCGCUAAUGCUGAACAGACUAAUAUUCCAAAUAUAUAUGCAGUUGGCGAUGUAUUGCACGAAAGACCAGAACUAACACCAGUAGCAAUUCAAGCUGGUAAAUUGUUGGCUGGAAGAUUAUAUAAUGGAAUCCAAGAACAAAUGGAUUAUGAUAAUGUUGCUACAACAGUUUUCUCACCUCUUGAGUAUGGUUGUGUUGGUCUCACCGAAGAAGAAGCAAUCAAUAGAUAUACCGAGAAUAAGAUUGAAGUUUAUCAUGCAUACUAUAAGCCUACAGAAUUUUUCAUACCCCAGAAAAAUGUUAAACAUUGUUAUUUAAAAGUUAUAACUCUUUUAGAAGCACCACAAAAAGUUUUGGGUAUGCAUUUUAUUGGGCCUCAAGCAGGUGAAGUAAUACAAGGAUAUGCUGCAGCUAUAAAGGCUGGAUUAACCUACCAACACUUAAAGGAUACUGUAGGAAUUCACCCUACAGUGUCUGAAGAAUUUACUAGAGUGGCCAUCACUAAACGGUCAGGUGAUGAUCCUACUCCACAAAGUUGUUGUAGUUAAACUAAUAUCUUUUAUAGAAUUAAAAAUAUACAAUAAUUUUUUUUAAAUAUAUCAAUUACUCAUCCAAUUUAUUCAUGUGGUGUAAAGGUAUUAAUUAUAGUAUAAAUAUUUGUAUAAGUAUAAUACUAGUUAAAUGUUGCUUUGGAAUUAAAAAUUAAUCAUUUUAAUAAUUGAUUGUUUAAUAUACUUACCUCCAUUCCCUAGAAA